AUGAGUGACCAUGUCCCAAGCUCUUCUCCGUGGGAACAAUACUACCAAGAACCAAUAUUAAUUGAUGACUUUUUCAUGCCUUGUCCCGAAUUUUCCGAUGCAACGAUGGUGUCAACUACUAAUUUCGAUAUAAACGAAAACCUAUUCAACCCUGAUUACAGUGUAGUGGUUACAAGUAACAGCCCAGAAAAUUCAAGUUCAACAGCUGGGAGUGAUUUGAAGACGAAAACCAGUCCGGGGACUCCAAAACGGAGGCGGUCCAGAGCUUCGAGGCUAACUCCGACGACUUAUCUGAAUGCCCACAUAACAAAUUUUAGAUCCCUAGUGCAAAAACACACCGGUUGCAGCCACACUCAGAGAGGGCCGAUCACUUUGUGUUUUGGAUCCUCCUCAUCAUCAGCUACUGAUCAUCAGCAGCUCAAUGGUCUAAUUUCCACAAGAAAUAAUCCAUUGGAGUUCGUUUCUGGCCGGAGUUAUAAGGCGCAAGAUCAGCAAUAUUUUUACAACAACCAGCAUCAACAGUUCCAGCGCCAAGAUCCCUUUUAA